CUACCCUCUUAGGUGCGUCGGUUACUAAUGCGCAUGACCGGUCACGUUGACAGUUGUCUGGCCUGUUACUAUUCGAUCUAUUCAGCCACAGUUCAUUGGCCGAAUUGUCCAAACAGCCGAGGCCUAUUUACAUCGAGAAAGAAGAAGAAAAACACUUGUUGCUAAAUAGCCGAAAACAUUAAAAAAAAACAUGAAUAAACUUCGAAUAAAUCGCAUUACCGAUCUACCGAGUCCAAGAUCUCUACCAUUAUUAGGCCACACUUACCUAUUUCUACCAGGAGGUCCAUACAAAGCCGAGCAACUAACCGAAGCCGUCUCGGAUCUCACUAAACAAUUCGGCCCGAUACUCCGACUAAAUCUAGGCGGCGCUAACAUGGUGAUCACCACCGACGCGGAUCACACAGAGACCCUCUUUCGCAACGAAGGGCUCCGGCCCGUCCGGCCGCCCUUCCCCGCCCUCUACCACUACAGAAAGCGGACCUUCAACAGCGUAGGAGUGGUCCCCGGCAACGGGGAGGAGUGGCACAAAUUCAGAGCGGGCGUGAAUCCCCUGCUGAAAACCGGCCUGUUGAAUGCCUACCAACGGCAGCAAGAAAACGUAGCCGAGGCUUUCGUGAAGUACGUUAAAAGUCGCUCGGACGAAGACGGCCUUUUACUGGAUACGUACGAGCACCUGAUGAGUUUCGCGAUCGAAGGUAUUUCUGUUGUUUGUCCCGGUCGUAGGUUCAGCGGAUCCGAUGGGGAGUUCGAGGAUAUAAAGAUGGCGAGCAAGAUGUUUAUGGACGGUUUGUACAAGACUCUAGUGGGGCCGCCUUUGUGGAAAUUGUACGAUACCGAAGGUUAUAAACAAUUAAAAUCGUCGCAUCGAAUAAUUUACAAGAUGUUACGGGAGCAUUUGAAGGAUUUACGAUCAAAGUACGAUACCAAUCCGAGCGAUUUAAAGGACUCCAAUCCUUUCAUGUACACCUUAUUGGACAACAAAAGUCUAUCGGAAGACGAUUGUAAUAUGCUAGCAUUAGAAAUCUUCUUCGGUGGUAUCGAUACAACAGCCACCACUCUGACUCUCACUUUGAAUUAUUUGGCCCAAAACAAGGACAUACAGAACAAAGCGAAGCGCUACUUGGCCCUUGACGAUGGCGACUCUUACUUGAAAGCUUGCAUCAAGGAAACGUUGAGGUUGUCUCCGACUGCGGGGGCAAACAGCCGGUUCUUGGCCCGGGACACCGUCCUCGGUGGUUAUUUGAUACCCAAAAAUACGCUAGUAUCGGCUUUCAGUUCGGUGACUUCGACUAGUCGGGAGUACUUCGAAUCGCCCGAUCGGUACCAUCCGGAUAGGUGGCUGCGGAACUCGAAGGAAUCCUUCCACAAAUUCGCUUCAUUACCGUUCGGGUACGGGCCGAGGAUGUGCCCCGGAAAGAGGCUGGUGAUGAACGAGAUGGUGGUUCUUUUGAAGGAGAUUUUGAGGAAUUUUGAGUUGAGUACCGACGAUACGUCUCCGGUUCGGAUGGUUUAUCGAAUGAAUCGUGUACCGGAGAAGGCUGUUAAUAUCAAGUUUAAAUGUUUAUAA